AUGCAAGCUAGAAAGAUCAAGUACGAUGUCAUCGGACUGACCGAGACGAGAAGGCAUCGCGCGCUGCACGCUGUAUUUGAGACUGGAGAAGAACUGUUUCUUGGAACAUGCGACAGCAGAGGCGUCCGCGGCGUAGGUGUCCUCGUCAAUACGCACUUGGCCAGGAAUAUCGAUUCGUACGAAAGCUUAACAACCCGAAUCGGACGUUUGCGAUUAAGAAGAUAUGGCUCAAUCCCAGCUCUAACCAUCUUCGUUGCUUACGCACCAACAUCGAGCUACGAAGGAGAGGAGUUGGAAGCGUUUUAUAUGGAUCUGUGA